GACGCCCGGACGCCGGGAGAGCGCGGGGACUCUUCAAGCCUCGCGCGGGGGUUUCCGCAUCUUACGGGCGGGGCCGGAAGAGGAAGUCGGCGCUGCCGUGGCGGCCCCUGCAGCAGCAGCGGUCCCAUCCUAGCCCAGUCAGCCCCUGUCCGGUCCGGUCCGGCCACGGAGGCAGCUUAGCGUCGGGACCCCGAGCGUACCCCUACGAGUGAGCCGCGCCGCGCCGCCCCACCUGGCUCCCACCAGCCCGAUGGGGCCGCAGCGGCGGCUGCCAGCUACCGCGGCCGCACUGCUGUUGGGCUUCCUGCUCCCGCUGACAGCCGCUCAGGAAGCAAUCUUGCAUGCAUCUGGAAAUGGCACAUCCAAGGACUACUGCAUGCUUUAUAACCCUUAUUGGACAGCUCUACCAAGUACCCUAGAAAAUACAACUUCCAUUAAUUUGAUGAAUCUGACCUCCACACCACUAUGCAACCUUUCUGAUAUUCCUCCUGUUGGUAUAAAGAACAAAGCAGUUGUGGUGCCAUGGGGAAGCUGCCAUUUUCUUGAAAAAGCCAGAAUUGCACAGAAAGGAGGUGCUAAAGCAAUGUUAGUUGUCAACAACAGUGUCCUAUUUCCUCCCUCAGGUAACAGAUCUGAAUUUCCUGAUGUGAAAAUACUGAUUGCAUUUAUAAGCCACAAAGACUUUAAAGAUAUGAAGCAGACUCUAGGAAAUAACGUUACUGUGAAAAUGUAUUCUCCAUUGUGGCCUAACUUUGAUUAUACUAUGGUGGUUAUUUUUGUAAUUGCUGUGUUCACUGUGGCAUUAGGUGGAUACUGGAGUGGACUAGUUGAAUUGGAAAACUUGAACGGAGUGACAACUGACGAUAGAGAAAUGAGGAAAAAGAAGGAAGAAUAUCUAACAUUUGGUCCUCUUACAGUUGUAAUAUUUGUGGUCAUCUGCUGUGUUAUGAUGGUCUUACUUUAUUUCUUCUACAAGUGGUUGGUUUAUGUUAUGAUAGCAGUUUUCUGCAUAGCAUCGUCAAUGAGUCUGUACAGCUGUCUGGCUGCACUAAUUCGUAAGAUACCAUAUGGACAAUGCAUGAUUCUGUGUCGUGGCAAAAGUGUGGAAGUGAGACUUAUUUUUCUCGCUGGACUAUGCAUAGCAGUAGCUGUUGUUUGGGCUGUGUUUCGAAAUGAAGACAGGUGGGCUUGGAUUUUACAGGAUAUCUUGGGGAUUGCUUUCUGUCUGAAUUUAAUUAAAACACUGAAGUUACCCAACUUCAAGUCAUGUGUGAUACUUCUAGGCCUUCUCCUUCUCUAUGAUGUAUUUUUUGUUUUUAUAACACCAUUCAUCACAAAGAAUGGUGAGAGCAUCAUGGUUGAACUUGCAGCUGGACCUUUUGGAAAUAAUGAAAAGAAUGAUGGAAACUUGGUGGAAGCCACUGGUCAACCCUCAGCUCCCCAUGAGAAAUUGCCAGUAGUCAUCAGAGUACCAAAGCUGACCUAUUUCUCAGUAAUGAGUGUAUGCCUCAUGCCUGUUUCAAUAUUGGGUUUUGGAGACAUUAUUGUACCAGGCCUAUUGAUUGCGUACUGUAGAAGAUUUGAUGUUCAGACUGGUUCUUCUUAUAUAUACUAUGUUUCCUCUACAGUUGCCUAUGCUAUUGGCAUGAUACUUACAUUUGUUGUUCUGGUGCUGAUGAAGAAGGGGCAACCUGCUCUCCUCUAUUUAGUACCUUGCACUCUUAUUACUGCCUCAGUUGUUGCCUGGAGACGUAAGGAAAUGAAAAAGUUCUGGAAAGGUAACAACUAUCAGUCUUAGAACCUCCUGUGCAGUUAGAAGGGGAAUACAGGAAGAGAUGAUGGACCAUCUGGACUAUGCAACAAAUGAAGAAAACCCUGUGAUGUCUGGUGAACAGAUUGUCCAGCAGUAAUAAUAUGUGGAACUGCCAUAAUGUGUCACUGAUUUUCUGCAAAUAGACUUUGACUUUUUAAAUUGACUUUUGAAUUGACAAUCUGAAAGAGUCUUCAAUGAUACGCUUGCAAAUAUAUAUUUUUAUGAGCUGGUACUAACAGUUACAUCAUAAAUAAUUAAAAUGCUUUGCUUUUAAUAUUAAAGUUGUGCCUUCACAUUAAAUAAAAGCAUAUGGUCUGUGUAGUUACCGAGAUGUAUUAUAUACAGUAUAUUUUUCUAAAAAAAAAUUGCCUUGAUCCACCCCUAUACUUUUUUACUAAAAUCUGUUUUUUUCAGCUCUAAUGUUAGAUAAAAGUAUUAUUAUCAAAGUGAGUUUCUGAAUGGGUUUUACUGUAAAGAAUUAUGCAAAUUAUUUCUGCUCUAUAGAAAUAACUAAGACCAUGCAAGAAGGCGUUUCAGCAAUGAAAAUUCACACCUUGUAUCACUGCAGAGGUUAGAAAUACGUAAUUUUUGAAAAAAUAUAAGUGCAUAUUUUUGUAGUAUUUUUUAAGCCCAAUCUUUUCAUAAACUUCAGAACUGAAAAUUACUUCAGACUGCAUGUGUAUAUUACGAACAUUUUUCCAUGUAUAGAGAAACAUAUAGAACAAGUCACUAAAAUUAGGAGACAAACUGAAAUCUAGUUUUCAUUGAUCUGCUGUUUUUUUGAAAAUGUAGCUUAAAUUUCAAUAUUAACAUUUAGUUUCACUUUGGUAUUUCUGAUCUUUGAAAUUUGGUUCUUUGAUGUUAAGGUUUGAUUUUUUUUAAAUUAUUUUUCUUAAGAAAUUAUGUAUUAAUACAUAUGGCUCAUUGUUGAGUACAACAUUUCUAAAAUUAUCCCACAUUCUUCCGCCCCACCCGUUAUCUUUUUUUUUUUUUUUCCUGAUUCCCUCCUCUUACCCCAUAGGUAAUGACUGUUAAUCUUGGUGGAGGAUGUACAAAGUGUGGUUCAGAGGAAAGAAUUGGCAACAACAGCAAGAGACUUGGUGUUAGUCUCAGUUCCAUUGCAACAACAAGGAAGAGUUGAGUAAUUUGCCGCAGCUCAAGACACUGGUAUCUCAGUUCUCUCAUUGACAAAAUGAGUAGGUUAGACCAGCUAAUUACUCUGGUACCUUCCAACUUGAAAAAACUUUUUCCUCAUUCUUUGAUAAUUUUCAUAUGUGGCCUGAACAUUCUCCUGGGAGUCAGAGGUCAAAUUAUCUUUCCAUUUUCUUUUAUUUUAUCUAAGAAAUUCCAAAAUGACAAGUGAUAACAAAGGCAGCAGGAUUUUUCAUUUCUCUAAAUAAUGUAUAAAAUAUGUGAACAGAUCUAUAUCUUUCAUCUAAGUCCAGUUCAACUUAUUGAAAAAUAAACCUAAUGACUCUUAAAAUGGA